AUGAAAGAUAUACAAACUACGGCGCCGGACGCUCCCAUCGAGCACGCUCAGAGCGAGCCGACCUCGGGUGGCAUUCCUGGCCAGUCCAACAAGAGCCGCCGCACGUCUUCGACGUUCUCGCCGCGGAAUGAGCAUACGCCUCUGGAGCAUUCUGCAUCACAGGAAGAAAACGUGGAGCGCGACUCACAAGAGAAAUCGGCGCCCGUGCAGAAGCCCUCGCACCUCGAUAUUGCCAACUAUCCCUCGGCUGAUUUGUUAAAAAUGCUUGCUGCACUCCUGCAGCACAUCGCCACCUCGAACGACCAGCUCCGUCCACUUCACUCUGCGCGGAGCCAGGAGCAGAUGCAGCAAGCGAUGCAGCGCAGCGAAUCGAGCGGGUCGAGUCCGCCCUUUCCCAUGGCGCUCAACGAUCCACGGCGCCCCUCGACCACGACUGCCGCACUUACGACGCUCAAUGCACCCAGCAGCACGCUGUGUUUUCAUGCAAGGCAUGUGCCGAGCAUCAGUAUCGAGGCGUACCUCUUGCGUAUUCUAAAGUACUGCCCAACAACGAACGAUGUUUUUUUGAGCCUUCUCGUCUACUUUGACCGUCUUAGCCGUGUCGGUGCAACGGGCAGUUUCCCUGACGAUCCACCUGUGCUGCAGCGCACUUCGCAUUCAAAUGGCUCGUCGACUCCGUCGGCACAGCUGUCGCCCAACACCUUUACGCCGCAGCACGAGGCCAGCGAUGCAGCAGCCACACAAAAUGCCGCGACGGAACCACCGCGCUUUCCAGGUAUACGUGGCUUUGCAAUUGACAGCUACAAUGUACAUCGUCUCGUUAUUGCCGGCAUUACGGUCGCAAGCAAGUUUUUCAGUGAUGUGUUUUAUACCAAUGCCCGCUACGCCAAGGUGGGCGGUCUCGCCGUGCACGAACUCAACCAGCUUGAACUGCAUUUUUUGCUGCUUACGGAUUUUCGUCUUAUGAUCUCCAUUACAGAGAUACAGCAGUACGGUGAUCAGCUCCUCGCAUACGCGCACGACCGCUCCGCCGCUUCUAAACUCCAGCACCCAGUACGGCGUGCCGACAGCAGAUCUCAGGACACUGGCCAAGACUCAUGA